AUGUCGUUUCAAACUUCUUCUGGGUAAUGUGUUUUGAUCUUGAACUAUCUACUUCACUGUAACCGCCCAUGACCAGAUUUGCGGCAUUGCAAAGAUCCUCUCCAGAGCUAGUAAGUUACCGUUGUGAACCCAAGUCCCUGGGUAAAAAAGAGAAAAUAACCACGCAUGGGAAACUCCGCCAAGAAUUUGAAACAAAAGCCGAUGCAAAUAGUUUCACAUUCUGUUGCUGGACGGGCCCACUUCAGCUGAACUUGCUGGUUGUUGUUGUUGUUGUUGUUGUUUAUUUGUUUGUUUGUUUGUUUUGUUUUGCCGACGCUUGUGUCAUGGACAGCUCCCAGUUGGGCCCUUCGUCUCUGCACCUGAUUGCAGUGCUGGGUGAUGUGUUGGCCCGAGUGCAAGCUAUUCACGCCAAGGAAGAGUAUGGCCUCUCGCAAAUCGUGAGCUCCAUCAAGUUUGUUAACCGCACUGUUGAUGCGUGGAUUAAGUCCAGUCAAGAGCAGCCUGAACCCUCGGAGUAUCAUGUGUACGAGUCGAACCUUUCUGAAAUGUCGAAAUCUAUUGAUGCAAUUCUGGGAGAAGCUCGAUUCGUUAGGAACGAACCUAAGCAUGCUGCAACCGCUAAGGUGCUUUCUGCACCAUUUGAAGGGUCUCUCGUCACCCCCGACAAUACCAAGAUGCCUCGGAAAUCUAAAGCAGCUGAGCACAAUAAAACUUUGGAACGGUUCUCCCAUGCAUUGCACAUGAGGCCAACGAAGAUGGUCACUGCAAGCGAAGCUGGACAGGAGCCAGAACAGUCCACAUUAUCAGCUGCGCACGAAUUAUUGUUGAAGUGGAUGGAGACGGGGAAGGGUGGGUGGACCAUGAAGCAUACAGAGAAACGUCGUGACGGUGUAGCGUGGAGGCAGAGUUCAUGUGCCAGUGAUGAUGAUCCUGAAAAGCUUCGAUCGGAGAGGUCGAAUGCUGCCAGGAGGAAGUUCUUGGACUCCUUGUGGAGUAUUCAGAACACUCCGGCUGGCUCUGAGACGAAGGCCGAGGAUGCCGCUGCUGGGUGUGAUUUGGAUCAGACCGGCUCUGGAAACGAUGACUCAAGCACAUCUUCAAUACAAAUGCAGAUUAAGACAACGACGCAAAACAUGCAGAAAAACGUGAAGGAGUUGCAAGCAUACUGCAAACUAUUUCACGAGCAAAACCCGCAAUUGGAGCUCCUUUCCCUAGGAAGAUUUAGUUACCCUUACACGAAAGAUUCUAGCAAAAUGAUUCUCCAACGUCGCCCACAGCCGGAAAACCAACGGAAGUCCGCGGCGAACGAUGACUCCUGGCUUCCCGCAGAAUUCUGCUGGAACAUUUUAGGCAAGCAAGCCGAGGCCAUUCUAACAGAAUUCAAGUCACGAGAAUCGACCACUUCAUACUCAAACCUGCAGCAAGCUGUAUCGACGACGCGAUUGAUGCACUCGCUCCACACCAACCUCUUCCACUGCCAUCUGCAGAUCAUACUGGGCCGUGAUUUCCUCCUCGUGCUCUCACAACCAAGCAGCAGGUGUGAUGCUGUGUGGGGCAGUGCGAGCGGGUACAAGUGCUUGGCGAUGGCGCACAGCGUGGUGUGCCGCCAUGGCCGCUCUCUAAUGUCCAUUGCGCGUAGGAUGUGGAUUUUACUCUCACAAGAAGUUCUCGGUUUACCGGCCGGGAAGAAGCGGCUAUUUCCAUUACCUGCCUAAGUAGACAAGAAAGUCUCGCAGGUACUUGAGAUUUGCCUUCAAUGUAAACUUUUUUGUGAACUUGUACCAAAUUCCGAAUAUUUGGCGAUGUAGACUUCUUCAAACUUUUUGUGGAUAUCGUUGCGAUUUGAUUGAGGCUGGGAGAAGCUCACACUCAUAGCAGCGCAUAAGAUUUGUUCUUUGACGUGUCCGAGCAUAUUUUUUAAAUUUUUAAAUUUUUAUUUAUUU